CAUUCCGCGUAAACAUGUGUAAACACAAACGACUAGGGGGAUUGCUAGAUUUGGAUAUAACUGAUUUUCUUCAUCAGAAGUUAGCAAACACAUUCGACGAAGAGGGUUUAGGAUACUAGCUGACAUGGAGAUAAAUGAAACCGGGCAUCAAUCCAUGACAAAUUAAAGAAAACAUGUGCAAUGGAAUCGGAAUCGGGUGGAGAUGGUCUGCCUUUAUAUGGCUGAUGCAUGACCAUUAAUCUAAAUUUCGAGACUACAAUUUCACAGCAUCGUCGGGUCGGUGUCUACUCACGUCAUUCAUGUACGGCGAGCAUCACGCUGAAGCAUGGCAUAAGUGAGCAUCUAAAUUCCUGAGCGAUGUAAAGGUUACCAUCGUGAUCAUGGCUUGCGAAGCCUGCGGAAGGUAUUUCGGCCGCAGUAGAUGCAUCAGUUACUGUUGGCAAUCACACUGUAGACGAGCAUUGCUCAGACGUUUUUUCCCAGGUGUCGCAAUACUAGCGGUAGUUGUGCUAUUUCUCACCAUUAGCAUCCUGAAAAAUUUAGUGCUGGACACCAGAUGCAAGUCGGCGCUGGACGUUGACCACGACAGCGAGGACCGGACUAAUAAGACUCCCCAGGUAAUAGCAUUAAGGAUCUUCUCUGAGAGAUACCGUCAUUUGUUUAAAGAAAACACAGAGAUGUUCUUCAAGCACCUGAGAAGGCUCACUGAAACAGAAUGGAAACCACACAAUAAAACUAUAUGUGAUUUCAGAGAUAGCCUUCGUGCUGUAUUGGGAGAAGAAGGAAGUAUAAGGAAUUUCCUGUUGACGAAGACCAACGUUCCACGUGAUUCCCGGAUGUGCUUCUACAUGUAUGGAAACAUUCAAGCUUUCCCACCGGCUCUGUGGGAGUGUUUACCCAAGAACGAAAUUUACAAACCGGGACAGUUUGCAAGCUGCAGUGUGGUCGGAUCAAGCGGCAUUUUGAGAGGUUCUCGAUGUGGAAAGGAAAUUGACCAACCACAGGCUGUUUUCAGAUUUAACUUAGCCCCGACCAAGGGUUUCGAGGAGGACGUGGGCAGAAAGACAAACUUCACAACUUUGAACCCUUCCUUUGUCAGGAACAAGCUGAAUAGCUUGAAAACACAGGAUGACCAGACGCGAUUCGGCAAUGUUCUCGAGCAGUUUAAAGACUCUUACUUAUGGUUACCAGCUUUUUCUGUUGCUGCCGAUAUCUCUAUUGUAACCCAAACGGCACAGUUUGCUGUCAAUUCUAAGAUUGUUUGGCCAAUUCUUGGGCAUCCUGAACACUUCCUCUCAGUCUCAACUAUGUGGCGGACGAUGUCGAAGACCAAACACACCUGGGCUUCAUCCGGUUUGUACCUGAUCUUGUCCCUCGUCGAUGUCUGUGAUCGAAUCCAUGUCUUCGGUUUCUGGCCGUACACAACAACCAUCAACGGCAGUGAUGUUCCUUACCACUACCACAAUGACAUCUCUGCUAUGACCAACGUGCACAAUUUUGACACAGAAUUCAAGAGUCUCGUUCAUUUAUACGAACAGGGUAUAAUCAAUAUGCAUCUAGGUCCUUGUAUUUAAUAUUACUACAAUUCAGUGGAUAACUAUGAAGGAUAUUUUACACUACUAAAGCAGCAUUUUCAUGUGCAUAAUGCAGUUGUCAUGGCCUUUUCUUCCACGUGUAUUAGCCGCAGCGAAAAAAACUUUAAAUGAGAACUAUCAACUACAACGACACAUUCACGUUAGAGUGAAGUUGUACCAAAAAGAUGUUCGCUCUUAUCGCUUGAUAUACUGUAUUUCAGGUUGGGGGUUUAACACUAGCGGUGAAUCUGGGGAUGGGGACAUGACCACUCUGAUUGGUCCAUGGUGUGGCCGCAAUCAUUUUACUCAUAUAGUUCUUUCACUGUGAAAAGUUCAAGUCUUAUCCGUUUAGAGUUUAUUGAUACAAGUUUAACUCAUUUUGGUGAUGGAGGUUGAACAAUUUGUGAUGAAUUUGGUUGCAAACUGCCAUUCCUACAGGUAUCGUUAACUCAGUUUGGUCUAUUUUUUCAAUUCUCAUCUGCAAUACAUUAUCUUCUGGGAGACCUGGUAAACUGUGAAAUGUUGUAAUGCAUGUAUUUUUGUAUGAUGCUAUAACUGUUGCUUGAUUGAUAUUUUUAGUAUUUGUUUUUUUUAGUAUCCUGCAGGGGUGUUACAUGUGUUUUGUGUCUUUUGGGUGUGGUGUUGUUGCUUGUGCUGCUGUUUCUAGGUUUGUGUGUUACUGUAUUUUGUAUGUUUUUUAUGGUGUAGAUUCUUAAUUAAAACUAUAUUUUUGAGCCUACAUAUUAUUUUUCAAUUUUGUAACUGUGUAAAUCUUUUGUGUUUAAAUCCUGCAAAAUAAAUAAAUGAAAAUGAAA